AUGAGUGAUAUAGAUCAGAUAGAACCUACUGUAAAUGCGCCAGAUGCUGCAAAUGACUCUAGUGAUGAUUUCGGAAAUUUUUCAGAUGCCUCAGUGGAAAAUGACCUCUAUAACCAGGAUUCUACUUUAGCGAUGUCUUCCGAAUCUGUAGUAGAGAAUUGUUUAAAUAAGAUACUACCAAACGGAGAAUUUAUUUUGGAGGGGGGAACGAUAGAAAAUGACUGUUUCAAGCUGAGUAAACUGAUUGAAGAUGAACGACCCCAUGUCAUUUAUGAACAACUCGUACAAUUAGAUCCUGUGUUACAGCCAUUCAUAUGGAAUAAAUCUCAUAUACGGAGAAACUUGCUACAUAUUUUGAGAUUAUCAGAUGAUGAUGAUUCUGCGGGUGCUGGUGGAAAGAGGGAGGAAGAGCCACUGAAUGACGAAUUGUUCAAAAGGAUAUGCUAUACGGUAGAGAAAAAUGAGCAAACAGCUACUGGCCUCUUCCUGAGGGAUAAUUUCAAAAUUGACUAUACGCCACCAAUGACUUUAAAAUCCCUUCAAAGGGAAGAGGAGCUUGAACAAGAGCAGCAUAUACCGCAAUUGCUUACGGCCGAUUUUACUGAUAUGGAUGAAGAAUCUUUACGCCAAUACCAUGAUACGGUGUGUCAAUCCAUUGACUUUCUUGUAAGUAAAUCAAGAACACUGAAGAAAAAACAGCGAGAUCUCCUAAAGGAUAAGACAACUUUCGAAAAUGUAGUGACAAAUUUGACAGGACAUACCCAAAGACUGCAGAGAGACGAAAUUGCACUUUAUAACAAAAAGCGAAGCAAAAAGAAAAGGUUCAGCUGGGUAGGGUACUGA